AUGGAAUUCACCGAACUGUACAAGCAGAGUAACAGCGCGUUGGUCAGCUACUCCCCCGACGGGGCAUUUAUUGCAGUCUCCGUCGAGCACCGACUAAUAGUCCGAGAUGCGCAGAACCCAAAGCGCGUCCACCGGGUUUGCGUCACGCCCUACGACACAGCACCCUACAUCGAGGAUAUCCAAUGGUCGCCGAGCAGCACGCACUUGCUCACCUGCUCCUACACGCACAACCGGGUAGACGUCUGGUCACUUUCAGACGACAAAUGGCAAUGCACAAUCACCGACGAAGUCUGCUGUAUUGAGCGGGCGCUGUGGACACCAGACUCCCGGCAUAUUUUAACAUUCAGUGAGCUGGAUCUGCGGCUCUCGAUCUGGUCAGUUUCGGCCACGGCGGCAGGCGAGGCCCGUAGAUACGUGCAGUUUCCCAAGACACCCCUUGUGGCGUUCCACCCCCUGGGGUCUUAUAUGGCGGUGGCGCAGCGCAGAGAGUACCGGGAUGUAGUGGGGAUUUACGCAACGGCAGAUUGGCAUCUAGUAUGCGAGAUCGAGCCGCGCACCAUGGAUAUGGUUGGGCUGCGGUGGAGCCCCGAUGGCUUGCACCUGGCAGCGUGGGACUCGGCGGCGACAUAUGCGGUGAGCAUUAUGAAUGUCUGCGGGAUGUUCAAGCGUAUGCAUACGCGGCCGGAGGGGGUGGAGGGGCUGGGUGUGCGCGAGGUGGCGUGGGCGCCGUCGGCGCAGUUCCUGGCUGUUGGCGGGUAUGACCGUGUGAUCCGCGUGUUGAACCAUCUGACGUGGUCACCGAUUGCCGCCCUGGUGCAUCGCGCGGUGGUCCAGGGGCCUGUGGAUGUGUUUUCCGAGGUGGUGGUUGGCCAGACCCUGGCGCAGUCAUCGCAGGCGCUCUUGGCACAGCAGCCGCACCUACACCGCAGACAUACGCGAUUUGACCUAAUGCCCACACCGGCACAGAUCCACGUAGUCCAGCCACUGGAUAUCCACCGAGCAGUCGACCCACCUGCGUCUGACCCAGCAUCAGUGGGGCCGGGAUCAUCGGGUAAUGGCGGUGGUAUUUCGAUUCUGGAGUUUAAUGCUGAUGGCACUUUAUUGGUGAGUGUUUGCGAUGGGAUGCCGAAUUCGCUGUGGAUCUGGCGUAUCCGUGAUAUGCGUUUGGUGGCAGUGAUUCAGACAAGGGGGGUGUUGCGUGCGUGCCGGUGGAGUCCUGUGGAGAGUGUAUUGGGCUUUGUGACGGGUUCGGCGUCGGUGUACUUGUGGAGGGAGGGGGAGGGGUGCCAUUUGUUUGAGGUCCCCGUGACUGCUGCUGGUGCGGGCGUUGGCGCGAUGACUUGGAACCCCUGUGGUGAUUCAAUGGCGACCAUGUCGAAGGGUUUAUUUUCAUUGGCGUAUUUGACUUCUGCACCAGCAGAAGCAGCAACAAAAUCCAGCUUCAAUGGUGGUGCUGCUGGUGGGGAAGAUGAUCUGGAGUGA